UACAAAUCCUUUUUAGUUGUAUUUAGUCAACAGUACCAUUUACUCGAUUCGUACGAUGAAAAACUAAAUGAACAGAAUCGUGGGCGUACUACCGGCUUGCGAGAUGGAAUAAUCGAUUAUUUGUAACGUUAUCAGAAAAGAGCGGCUUAGCGUAAACAAGCGAAUCUUGUAAAUAAUACGUGUUUGUAAAACGUUAAAGAUAUUAAUAAAACAUAAGUAUUUGUUUGGGUCGUAUGUCAAGUAAAAUAAAGAAUGUAGUCUUGAAACCGGUGUAAGAUUAUUUUACUUGAAUGUGAAAAUAAAAUAUGACUUGAGAGAAUGAAGAAAUAAAGAAUGAGCCAAGCAGAUCAAGAGAAGAGUAUGGACAAGAAAGAAAUCGCAGAGGAGGAAAGACAGAAAAUGCUGAACGCUGAAAAUACGAAGCACACGGUAGAGUCGACCACUCCAGACGCGGAAACCGAAGAACAGAAGCCUAAGAGAAAAAUUCCUAUUGGCGGUAUUAAGAUGCCCGGCUUUUGUCGCACAAAAAGCAAGGAACCUUGCAAAGAGGAUGAGACUAAACCGAACGAAUCGGGCGAUGGUGAAACAAUCGAGAAAAAUGCUAAAGAAAAUGAACAAAAUGUAUCUUCUGAAAAAACAAAUACGCCGAGUAAGGACGCUAAAGAAAAAGAAGCUCGCAAAGGAAUACUUGACGCUAUAAGAUUACCAUUAGUCUCUGUUUUUCCUAGAAAAAAGAAGGAAGGAGAACUAGAAUUGGGAACCACAGGAGCAGCUGGAUUAGCGAGUGUAGAGACACUGGACGACACCGCGACAGAGAAAAAUCCUAUUGCCAGCGACGAUGGGAUGGAAACUGUCCGCCUCGAUGGAGAUGCUCCAGAUGGUAUUGAAUCUCCAAAGCAACAUUUCCUCGUUGCUUGCAUAUCCGCUGCAAGAAGGAAUUUAUUUGUAUUAGUGGCCUCGCUUUGUAUCCUGAUGUCAGUCGUGAUCAUUAUCUGCGUUGCUUGUAUUGGACCAAGAAAGGAUUCAUCGCAGUUAAUGAAAAACGGAAACUUCAUCAAAGCUGUUACUUCUUGCGGUCCUGUACAAGGCAUAUCAGAAGAUGGUGCAGUCGCAUUCCGCGGUAUUCCUUAUGCAGUUCCGCCGCUGGAAAACCGUCGUUGGCAGCCUGCGGAAACUUUACGAAGAAUUGAACAAUGCUGGACAGAUACUUACCUGGCGCACAAUUCUUCUGAAGUUUGUUGGCAACGUGAAGCUUCCGGUGCUGUCGUUGGAAGCGAAGAUUGCUUGUACUUGGAUGUUUUCACACCCGAAGUAAGAUACGAUUCACCUUUACCGGUGGUCGUUAUGAUUGGUGCAGAGACUCUUAGCGGCGGCUCUCCAGGUGUAAUGCAGCCUUCUGCGAAGUUAGCUCGAGUCCGUGAUAUGGUCUUCGUUCGACCCAAUUUUCGAUUGGGAGUCUUUGGUUUCUUAGCCGCUGAGCCGCUUUCAAGAGCCACACAUCCACCUACAUCUGGAAAUUAUGGUCUCUCAGAUAUCAUAGCAGCACUUGAGUGGAUUCGGUUGAAUAUCGAAAAUUUCGGCGGUAACAAAAAGUCUGUUACUUUAUGGGGCCACCGAGCAGGGGGAACUCUAGUAACAACCUUAGUUGGUAUUCGUCGAGCAAGGGAUCUUUUCCAUAAAGUUUGGAUAUCCAGCGGUAGCGCAAUAUUCCCCGGAAGAGAAUUACAUAUUUCAGAGCAACUUAGCGGUCAGUUUUUGAAUUCUAUAAGAUGUAACGACGCUGCUUGUCUACGGAGCAAAAGCGCUGAGGAGUUGAUGGAUUCGGUCCCGGAAACUUGGCAUCUAGGAAACGUUGGACUACCUGAAACUAGAGAAGCAACGUCGAGAGACCGAAGACAUGAGUGGCUUGUCCUGGAUGGUGCCAUUCUUCAAGAACCCGUAGGUCAAAUUUGGGCAAGAGAUGAAUUCUCGGUUAAGAUUGUAAUGGGAACCACAGCUCAUGCUGGAGCUCCUCUUAAAUACCUUAAUUCGAAUACUACUCUUAAUUCCACACAAGUAGAAAAAAUCGUAAGGGAAUCUUUACUAGGAACGUCAGGCUUGGCCGAUGAAGCUCUCAGGCGUUACAAUGCAACAUUCAAGGGUUUAGUGAGCAUGAUUUCGGAUAUUCGUGUAGUAUGCCCACUUCUUACGGUUGCCAGAAUGAAAAGUAACAUUCCGUACUAUGUAGCAACUCAAGCACGUGGCCAAUUGGCUGAUCCUGACAGUGAUGCUACAGCGAUACUUGGAUCAUAUGCUGCACGUACACCUUCUGAGAAAAGGCAUGUAUCAGCGAUGCAACAACUUUUCAAUCACUACGUUUGGCAUGAUGAAGUAGCUCAGAUGGAUCAAAAUGGUGUGAAACGAGUUCUCAUUGUUGGGCAAGAUACACUUCCUGACAAUGACUAUCCAAACUGCGACUUCUGGAUAGAGAAAGAUAUCGUUCCAACUUAUGGUCGAGUUGAUUGAAAUAGUUUCCUGAUUGUUUAUUUAAUGACGAUUUUAGAAUUUUUACCAAAUUCAAGAUGUUCUGUGUAACUACGAUUUUCCUUCAAAUUUUUGAAAUUUUUAGUCCUUUUAUACAUUACAAAUGACAAAAGCGGAUAGAAGAUGUUUUAAAACAUACUGACUGACGAAAUUGAUAUGAAGUAAAUGGAAUUUUUUUACAAGAAUAAUACAAUACAUAAGUAUCUAUUGCACAUUUUCAAGACAAAAGCAAAUGUAUUUGCUUGAACUCACUCGAAACAAACGUUUCGUUUCCUUUUCGUUUAAGCUAUAAGGAUACUUAAAAUACUCGUACGUUGUUCUUUUUGUUGAGAGUUAUAUAUAAGUAAAAGGAGUAGUAAUUAUUUGAAGGUUUAGACCGAAAGCAUAUUCGAAAGUAUUCUAUUUGCCAAUUUUAUAAUUCACAUAUUGUAUUAUUCUAUAGAAAAUUAAUAUGAUCCAAUAAUAUAAAUUGGAUUAAUAGAAAUUGAUUAUGAACACUUUGAAAUUACGAAUUUUUACAUUUUACCUAAAAUAUGAAGUAUGCCAGCGGGAAACAAAUAUUUUGAUAAAAAUAUUUAUUGAUACAAUUCUGAGAUGUUACCAUUUAAACAAUAUAACUCAAUAUAUACCUUUUCAAAAGUGCUGCUUCGAUAAAGUAUAAACUGAAUAAGUUAUACGGACGUUUUAGGUAUUGAAAAAUAUGAACAAUUUUAAUUGUUUCACUAGUCUUUCGUGCAUACAACCGAAAAUAACAAUUGCAAUUUUUAAUACGCUGCCAGAUAUCUAUAUAGGAAACAUAUAUCUACGUAGAUGAUACUAAUUGGUUUUUUGUCUUUGUACAUAUAUCACUGUUGCUCCGUUUUCUUUUAUUCCAAUGUACUUAAAAAUAUUUCUGCUUAAAUAAUAUUAUAAGCAGGGAAAAAUAUAUAUGUAUCAGAUCUGACUUUUAACCUGUAAGACUGAUUUUAUAAAUCUGCAUUCUGUUUGCAUAUGAAUGUCUUUUAUAUUAGUUUUAACUGGGAAUAGCUUUAUAAUAUAAAAAUACCUGUCUUGUAGGCAGUGUUUAUUGUACUGUAAGUUAAAGAAUGUGUAAAAAAUAUUUCUUUAAUCUCAUUGUCUCACUAUUGAUGUGCAUUUAUAAAGUACAUGGUCACUGUCAUGUUUUCAUAAUGUCAAGUUGCACUGUUGCACAUAUUUAUUAAUUAUAUCUUGAAACUCUUACAGAUUUAGAAAUAUUAUUUCUACCCUCUCUAAACUUCA